UUGAGAAUGUGUUUCUUGAUUCAGAUGGUUUGCAAAUGUUAACGGUGAUCGAGAAAGGUGUUUCUUUAUACAGAUGGUUUACAAAUGUUGAUGAAUUUGUUCGCCUUUAUUCCUAUCUAUAUUCCACUUGGUUUACUAUGAGUCCCUGCCCUACAGUGAUUUUCAAUGCUCUCGUAACUUUGGUUUUAUGGAGCUUUCCGCAGAGGUAAAAUCGAGAGACAACAAUGUAGUGCUUUCAUAUCAGCGUCACAUGAAGGGAUCAAGUGGCUGAGUUGAGCAUCUUGUUGGAAGGCAUAUAUGUUGGUGUACAACCCUUUUCCAACCUGGUGUUUUAGUUCUAGUUACCUCCCCUCAGCCCCCUCCCUUUUCAAUAAAUUGCAUUUUUAGUGGCUAAUAAAAAAAACUUCUAAAAGAUGCACAGAAACAAAAGAAAGAUCAGUAUUGUCUUUUGUUGUUUGAAGUUUGAAAUUCAUUUGCUUUAGCACAAUGAAUUUAUGUGGUUUAAUUGUUACAUAGAAUAGGAUAGAUGAACUUUAAGUGUGGUGGAUUUUUUAGUGUUUUUUAUUAUUAUUUUAUUUUAUUUUAUUUUAUUUUAAUGGCAAAUAACUUGGAUAAAAAAAAAAAAAAAACUUGAGGGGUGGGGGUGGAUGUUAUGUUCUAGUAUUCGUGAACUGACCAAUUUAACUUAUGCAAAAGAUCAUGCCAAAGGAUGGAUACUAGGUUGAAGUUGAAUUCAGGAUAAAGGAACAAAAAGAAAACUUGUCUUUUCUGUAAUUGGAUUUUGGAAUGGGCAGUUUUGGACAGUUAUCUUGAACUUAAUAUUUGGUUUAUGACAAUAGCAAGCAAGCUCUUUUUAAAGCACUCAGUGCCCAUUGAUAUAUUGGACUGAAAGCUACAUUUAUGUUCAGAGUGCUGCAAACCUGCAAAGGUGUGCAUCCUCUUAGGUUUUGGCCAUUCCUUCAAGCCUGUUGCACAUUUUCUCCAGCUGCUACCACUUCUCUGCAAUUCAUUUCCGAUGGCUAUGAAAACGAGAACAAAGACCUUGAUUUCAAACUUUUAUUCUCAUCCUGCACAAAUGUGCACCUUGCCAAGCGCCUUCAUGCCCUUCUUGUUCUAUCAGGGAAAGCUCAAGACAUCUUUCUCUCCACCGGACUUGUCAAUCUUUAUGCCAACCUUGGUGAUGUCUCAUUUGCUCGGCACACAUUUGAUCAGAUUCAGAAAAAGAAUAUUUUUACUUGGAACUCAAUGAUAUCUGCUUAUGCUCGUGUUCGACGUUAUCAUGAAGCUGUAAACUGUUUUUAUCAGCUCUUGUUAACCUCUCGCCUUCAACCUGAUUCCUACACUUUUCCACCUGUGUUAAAAGCUUGUGGAAAUAUGGUUGAUGGGAAGAAGAUGCAUUGCUGGGUUCUAAAGUUGGGUUUCGAGUGGGAUGUCUUUGUGGCUGCUUCUUUGGUCCAUAUGUAUUCCCGCUUUGGCUUCUUAGGUGUCGCGCGUAAAUUGUUCAAUAACAUGCCAGUUCGGGAUAUGGGUUCUUGGAAUGCAAUGAUUUCUGGGUUUUGCCAGAAUGGAAAUGCUGCUGAGGCAUUGGACCUUUUGGACGAGAUGAGAUUGGAGGGCGUUAAGAUGGAUCCUGUUACUGUUGUAAGUAUACUUCCUGUUUGUGCACUAUCAGAUGAUAUCCUAGUUGGAAUUUUAGUUCAUUUGUAUUCCAUAAAGCAUGGACUGGAAUCAGAUGUAUUUGUGUCCAAUGCCUUGAUUAACAUGUAUGCAAAAUUUGGGAACUUAGGGCAUGCACAAAGGGUAUUUGAUCAGAUGGAGGUCAGAGAUUUGGUUUCAUGGAACUCAAUAAUUGCUGCAUAUGAGCAGAAUGAAGAUCCAAUUACUGCGCUUGGACUAUUCAAAGAGAUGCAACUAGUAAGGAUUCAGCCUGAUUUGUUGACAGCAGUGAGUUUGGCAUCUAUUGUUGCUCAGUUAAGUGAUCAUCGAAAUAGUCAGUCUGUUCAUGGAUUUGUUGCAAGGAGAGGUUGGCUUAUGGAAGAUGUUAUAAUUGGAAAUGCUGUUGCAGAUAUGUAUGCAAAAUCUGGUUCUGUAGAUUCUGCUCGCAGAGUCUUUGAAGGACUUCCUGUCAAAGAUGUGAUUUCAUGGAAUACCUUAAUCACCUGUUAUGCUCAAAAUGGUCUUGCAAGUGAGGCGAUUGAAUUUUACCAUAUGAUGGUAGCGCACAUAGAGAUAAUUCCUAACCAAGGUACUUGGGUAAGCAUUCUACCAGCAUAUUCCCAUGUAGGGGCCUUGCAACAAGGUAUGAAAAUUCAUGGCCGUGUGAUUAAGAACUGUCUCUACUUAGAUGUCUUUGUGGGUACCUGCCUGAUUGACAUGUACGGAAAAUGUGGAAGAUUAGAUGAUGCAAUGUCCUUAUUUUAUCAAGUGCCCAGGAAGAGUUCAGUUCCUUGGAAUGCCAUAAUAUCCUGUCAUGGAAUUCAUGGGCAUGGUGAGAAAGCUCUGAAGCUAUUUAAGGAAAUGAUGGACGACGGGGUGAAGCCAGAUCAUGUAACCUUUGUCUCUUUAUUAGCGGCUUGUAGCCAUUCAGGUUUGGUUGAUGAGGGUCAAUGGUGCUUCAAUGUGAUGCAAGAAAAAUAUGGCAUCAAGCCUAGUUUGAAGCACUAUGGUAGCAUGGUAGAUUUGCUCGGGCGAGCUGGACGUUUAGACCUGGCGUAUAAUUUGAUACAAAACAUGCCUAUACAGCCUGAUGCUUCUGUCUGGGGUGCUCUUCUUGGUGCUUGUAGAAUACAUGGAAAUUUCGAGUUGGGUUCGAUUGCUUCAGAUCGCUUGUUUGAAGUUGAUUCGGAGAAUGUUGGCUACUAUGUUUUGCUGUCAAAUAUUUAUGCCAAUGUUGGGAAAUGGGAGGGAGUGAAUAAAGUGAGAUCUUUGGCCAGAGAGAGGGGAUUAAAGAAGACACCUGGAUGGAGCUCAAUUGAAGUGAACAAUAAAGUUGAUGUAUUCUACACUGGAAACCAAACUCAUCCUAGAUGUGAAGAAAUAUACGAGGAGCUUGAGGUUCUGACUGCGAAAAUGAAGAGCCUUGGUUAUGUUCCAGACUAUAGCUUUGUGCUGCAGGAUGUUGAGGAUGAUGAGAAGGAGCAUAUCCUCACAAGUCAUAGUGAAAGAUUGGCAAUUGCAUUUGGAAUUAUUAGCACUCCUCCUAAAAGUACCAUUCGUAUCUUCAAGAAUCUGCGGGUUUGUGGUGACUGCCAUGAGGCGACUAAAUUCAUUUCUAGGAUUACUGAAAGAGAGAUCAUUGUAAGGGAUUCAAAUCGUUUCCAUCAUUUCAAGAAUGGAAUUUGCUCUUGCGGCGAUUAUUGGUGACAUGGCUUAGUUAACAUGUUACUUGCAAACUUUUUCUUCACAACAAGAGUUGAUUUAUCUCACUAAUUGUUGUAGAAAAGAUUCAUGACAAUAGUAUUAGGGUUCGUUCGACAACACAAUUAUUCUAAGUAUU